AGGUUUGGAUAUCACAUCGUUCACAAUUAGUUCAGUCUGGCUCUGUGCUGUCUUGCUUACAGGACCCGAAACCGGCCCGGUGCUGAACAACCAAAGAAAGGCUCAGCACUUCGGCGCCAUCCUAAUUGGUGCGAUUUACCGGAGACAGGGAGAGAGAUGGCAUCAGGAUGGGGAAUCACGGGCAACAAAGGCCGGUGCUACGAUUUCUGGGUCGAUUUCAGCGAGUGUAUGUCCACUUGCAGAGAACCCAAGGACUGUGCUCUCCUCCGCGAAGACUAUCUCGAGUGCCUCCACCAUGCCAAGGAGUUCCAAAGAAGAAAUCGGAUUUACAAGGAGGAGCAACGCAAAUUAAGAGCUGCUGCACGGAAGGCCAAUGAGGGUGAAGGUGUCCAUAACCACCAUGCAUAGUCAUAAUUUGUAAUCUUUGAGAAUUCUCAUAAUAAAAGAAUGCAGGGAGGUUGUUGUAAUUUUGUUCUGGAUUGAUAUUCUAACUUGCUUUGAAAUUGCAUGAUUUUGCUUUGGGAUACUGUUAUUUUCAGCCUUUGCAAUGAGGCAAUGAUCUUUAUUUUAUGUGCUUCCAUCACUUUCUAGCUAUAAUAAUCCUUAUGAAUUGCA